CACUCCUCUCCCUCCCUUCCCGGCACACAAAAGCACUGCAAUUAGCUGUCUUAAGGGAGCAGGGGCUUAGCCAGCUGUGAGCUGCAAAUAAUCGAAUACCUCAGAGGAAGGCAGCAGUGGCCCUGGCCGUGUUAAGAGAAUACAAAUAACUGCCAUCCAUUUUCAAAGCAAAUUGCCAGCUCCUGCACUGAAGGCUGGCGCUGAUGCAGCUCCUCGUUCCCCGGCUGCGACAGCCUUGCCGAACGGUAUUUUUAUUCCAAUCCUGGACGUCCUAAGGAGCCCCCUGCUACAGAAGGAGGAAUGCCCAACUGGAAUACAGGAGAGAGAUUCUUUGUUCAUCAGUAGCAAGAAGAGACCCUCAGAGGAACAAGCCCCUCGGCAGGUGAAACCCAGUGAGGCCAGAGUCUCCCCCCGAGCGUGAUGGGCACCACCGAAGCCACGCUGCGGAUGGAGAACGUGGAGGUGAAGGAGGAGUGGCAGGACGAGGACUUCCCCAGACCCCUCCCAGAAGAGACAGGAAUGGACUCCCUGGGCAGCCCCGCAGAUGAGAAAGCAUCCUCUCCCCCUAACAGUUUGAACUUUAACGGAGCUCAUCGGAAGCGCAAGACGCUCAUAGCCCCUGAAAUCAACAUUUCCCUGGACCAAAGUGAGGGUUCCAUCCUGUCCGAUGACUUCCUGGACACGCCCGAUGACCUGGACAUUAACGUGGAUGACAUCGAAACCCCGGAUGAGACGGACUCUCUGGAGUUCCUGGGCAACGGGAAUGAACUGGAAUGGGAAGAUGAUACACCGGUGGCCACAGCCAAGAACAUGCCUGGAAACAGCGCAGACCUCUUUGGGGACGGGGUGGUGGAAGACGGCAGCGCUACCAAUGGGAGACUGUGGAGGACGGUUAUCAUUGGGGAGCAGGAACACCGCAUUGACCUGCAGAUGAUCAAACCCUACAUGAAAGUGGUGACACAUGGAGGGUACUACGGAGAAGGUCUCAAUGCUAUCAUUGUCUUUGCUGCCUGCUAUCUCCCAGACAGCAAUCUAGCUGACUACCAUUACAUCAUGGAGAACCUCUUCUUGUACGUGAUCAGUAGCUUGGAGCUGCUGGUGGCUGAGGACUACAUGAUCGUGUACCUGAAUGGAGCCACACCACGUCGGAGGAUGCCGGGCCUGGGCUGGCUGAAGAAAUGCUACCAGAUGAUAGACAGAAGGCUCCGGAAAAACCUGAAAGCUUUGAUAAUCGUGCACCCUUCGUGGUUCAUCCGGACAGUGCUGGCUAUAUCCAGGCCCUUCAUCAGUGUGAAGUUUAUCAAUAAGAUCCAGUACGUUCACAGUCUGGAAGAACUGGAGCAGAUUAUCCCCAUGGAGCACGUCCAGAUUCCUGACUGCCUCCUACAGUACGAAGAGGAAAGAAUCAAAGCCAGGAAAGAAAGGGCAGAGGAGAAACAAGACAUGGCAGAGAAAGAAAGCAGGCCUGUGCUGCCGCCGAGGGAGGAUCAGGAAACCAGCAUGUCAUGAAUAGAAAUAACAAGGAAUGAAUGGAAGCAGAGAACGAUGCAGCCUGGCAGUCACCCACUGUAAAUGCCCUUCCUGGUACAAGAUCUAGUCAUCUUCUCAUUCCAACUCCUGUAAGAUCAAGGAACCUGCCUCCCCCGUCUCAGAGAUGCAAAGUCCUUUAAAGCUUCUGGAAACAUUUUAUUUAAGGAAAGAAUAAUCCAAGAAUAGCACUUUCUAGGACAGGCUCCUGUUUCUACAAUGGCUUGUGGCAAGAGAUAAAUAAUGCAAACGUAUAAAUAUUUCCUCUUAGCACAUGAGCAUCACCCCAUAGUCCAUCACAGCCCCCAGCCCAAAAGAAGAGGUCUAUUUUUUUUAAAUGUAUAAACCCCUUCUCCAGCUUGCUGCUGGCCAGCACUGUGUGAUUUUGCUUUCAGUUGCACAUCAGUUUCCUCCACAUAGCGAUUCCGAUGGCCAUGGCCCUACGUUAACUAAUGCAGGGACUGGGAAGAGUGAGUUUUCCUCCCUUACAGAUAUGGUGUAAGUUUCUUCCAGUAGAUACUGAGUGUCCACCAAGCCUUUGGCCAACACAUUUCCCCCAUCCCUGGCUCCUACACCUCCUACAUCCUUGCUGGUUCAGCUUGCUAGCUAGCUCAUGGUGAAACUUAUCUAUGAAUGAGUGUGAUGAUGUUUAAUUUGUCCUGUCCCUCUUCAUAAGGCUCUCACAGAUAAAAGACUAUACUCUGAAAGAAGGAUCCUCUAUCUCAGAUGCCACCUUAGCCAGAAUCCUUCUAUAAGCAAUUUCUCACAGCAUGGCACAAAGGAAGACCUAUUCUUAUGAAGGAACCUUAUGGACUGGGAAGUUUUUCACGCCUCUUCUUUAUAUAGAUGACACUGGACAAUCAUCCACUCUUUAUACCUCCUAUUGCAAAAACAAGCUGCUAAAUGUUCCUAAAUUCUCUUCCUGGGUGGUGAGAGUCUUGUCUGAGCAAAGGGCGGAUUGUAGCGUGACCAGCACAAAUGCAGGUUGGGAAUCUUGCAAAUAUGAAGACAGGGAAUUGUAUGGACAUGCAGGUGCUCAGCUCUGAAGCGAUGCAGACACGGUAUCAGGACUUUAAACACGUGGUUUGGGGGAUCAUGAGGCUUUUUCAGCAGAGGAGAGAAGAAUUUGAACAAGCAGAAAUCAAACAACGUGAUUUGUAAACCCCUGUCUUAGCCCAGGGUCAGCCUAUGCAAACAAUCUCGCACAUGCACAAGGUAAAACCCCUUACGGAUGAGUUCUGCAGCUGAAGAAUUAUCUGAGAAUCUCAGUGAUCAAGAGACAUUUUAUAACUGGUGUCCCUGGUGGAUCUUGUGUACAGAGCCCCAACGGUCCAGCUAUUCAUUCCCAUUUGAAAUUAAUACCACUUCACUCUGCUGUAAAACCCCACAGGAGGGCAACACUGGCAAAGCAAGAUUUUCUGAACAGAGGAAUCAGCUUUCUGUAAAAUACAGAGCAUUGCUUUUUAUUCUUUCCCAUCAUUAACAAUGGCAGAGGAGCAGAGAGUACACUGGCUAACCAUAUACUUGCCAAUGUUCUUAUCUUCUCAUGUUCUGCAUGUUUCUCCUAUAGUGUGGGUGGAAGGUUUUCAGUGGGAUGCAUGACUCUUCAAUCAUGGAUUUAUUUACUGGGCAGACACAUGCAUGGAAGGAGAGGAGAACUGAAGUGAUAUCAUGACCCCCAGGAGCAGAAGAACUUGAUGCUUUCUCUGCAGGCAUGUUAAAAAGAAGUAACCGUUCAUUUGCCAAGCGUUCAUAAAGCCACCUGGCUUCCUGGAAAUUUCACUCGUAGCCAAUUGCUGGCUGUAGAGGUAGGAUUUCUGUGCUACAAACAAAAGAAAGCAGCACUUCAAUUUUUUUGGAGUUUGAGUUUUACACAAAAUAAGACCAAAAAAAAAAGGACAUUUUGUACUAAACAUUCCAAAAAACUCGGCAGUCACUUAGUUUCAAGGCAAGAAGCAAUAGUCAGAAUAUGUAAGGGUUAAUCUGGUCCACAAACAGACUGAUCCAAAACCCAUUGGAGUGCAUAGAAAAACUCCCUCUGACCUCAAAGAACUUUGGAACACACUCAGAAUAAAUCACUACAGCCCUUACUGUGGUGCAGAACAUGUGAAUUCCCCUUUUCUAUCAGAAAUUCCCGGGCCUAGACUUUCGCUUUCAUUCUGAGAACACUUUCCUGCAUUUCAGUGGAAGUCAAGAAUGCAAUAAACUGUAUGAUAUUGCAGGGUGGAAGGGAGUUGUAAAGUCAUAUCAUGGGCAGUUUGGUAGAACAUUAAAGAGAUGUUUGAAAUCCAACCCCAGAAACCUCUACCACGUCUGUAGUAACUCAAUACUUCAGCAAAAA